UCUAGGUGGUGCUCUCCUUUUCCACCAAAAGAACACAAUAUUCAUUAUAUAUAUUUACAUAUAAUAAAAUAAGUAGGGUCAGUAAUUCAAUAAACAAGGUAAAUUUUUGAGGUUCCUUAAGUAUUGAACGUUUUGUUGUCAUUUAUUAAGUUUCAUUGUACUUCAUUGUCGUUUCGAUAAUAUGAGUUUAGUUGGAUGUUCCCAUUUGCAAGUGUACAAGAAGAAUCAGAAAAAUAAGGAAUCGUUCAAAUGGAUCCACGCCGUUUUUGUUGUUGGAACGACUAAUAAAUGUAGGAAAACUAGGAUUUGUAACGCUUAUUGCCGAAUAUGCAAGAAACGAGGACCUUACCUACAUGCAUGCUUAGAAUGUGUCUUUUUUGGUUGUCAGAAGCACAUAAGGGAACAUGUCAGAAGUCUAAAACACACUCUUGCGAUGGAUUUAAUUUAUGGACAGAUUCACUGCAAUUCAUGUGGAGAUUACAUAUAUGAUAGUGAUAUGGAAACAAUAAUGCGAGAAAAUAAAAUGCAGUCAGGUACGUUUAGAAAAAGAUUAUUCGAGUCAUCUGGGUGGUAUCCCACUCAAGAAGAAAGGACUUAUUUGAGUAGUAAAACUAAGAAAAUAUGUAUCAGUCCUGAAUCCACUAUUGGCCUCCGAGGAUUGAUAAACCUUGGUUCAACAUGUUUCAUGAAUUGCAUUGUUCAAGUAUUGAUGCAUACUCCAUUACUGAGAGACUAUUUUUUGACUGAAUGUCAUAAAUGUAAAGGUAAACCUGGGACCUGUUCGGUGUGUGAAAUAUCAGAAUUGUUUCAAGAAUUUUAUCGUGGUGCAACUGUGCCCUUAGCGCUGGAUCAAUUGCUGUGUUUGAUUUGGACCCAUGCAAAGCAUUUGGCUAACUAUAAACAGCAGGAUGCUCACGAGUUCUUCAUUGCUACUUUGGAGGUAUUACAUCAUCAUUGUUAUGAAUCGAUGCCUCAUCCAAAAACUAAAACCAAUAAUAAUAAAUGCCCAUGUAUUAUUGACCAGAUAUUUACAGGUGGUUUACGGAAAGAUGUAGUUUGUCAAAAAUGUAAAAGUGUUUCUACAACUGUAGAUCCUAUAUCUAUUAUUUCUUUAGAUGUUAGGCCAAUAACAUAUGAUGGUGAGCAACCUUCACUCAUUGAUUGCCUUGAACAUUACACAAUGGUGGAAUAUUUAGGUGGUAAUAAUAAAACUAUGUGUUCAAAAUGCCAGUCUUUACAAGAAUCUACUAUACAAUACACCAUUAAAACAUUACCAAUAGUAGCUAGUUUUCAAUUGAAACGCUUUGAAUAUUCCAAAAAAAUGGAGAAGAUAUCAACCUCAAUCACAUUUCCUGAAAUGUUAGAUAUGACCCCUUUUAUUGGUGGUUCAAAAAAAGAUUCUCCAUUCCCUUCAGACAAUCGAUACACAUUAUUUGCAGUCAUAAACCACCUAGGAAAUUCUAUGAAUGAAGGACAUUAUAUAGCUUAUGUGAGACAGCAGCAAGACUUCUGGUAUAAGUGCGAUGACCAUGUAAUAACCAGAGCUAAUUUGCAGGAAGUUUUAAGCUCUGAAGGAUAUUUGCUUUUCUAUCAUAAGCAUGUCCUGAGUUAUGACUAAGUAUAGGCCUAUUUGAAUUUAAAAAAAAUCCAUCUUUCAUAUCAUUUAUUCUGAUAUGAUUCUUCUUCAGAAUAAAGAUAGACUAUAUCUUUAGGUGAAUUUGAAAUUGGUAUGGCUUCAUAAGAUUUAAUUGAAAACCUAUGUAUGUGGUAAUGAAACUACUCAAAAAUUUAUUAAUUGUUGUCAGGGAACCUUAGAGUGAAUUACUUAUGGUAGAGCAUGGUAUAUUAUAGUUUAUUGUUCAGGAGAGUAAUGAUAAAACAUUCUUCCUUUUGAAGGUGUAUUGACAAUUUUAAUAUAAAAAAUUAUUCAUUAUGGUAACUCUUAGAUUACUUGAGAGAGUAUUGAUUUAAUUUGUACAA